AUGACUCAAUUUUUACCUGACCAUCUUUUGGGUCUAUUUUUUCCAAGACCUCCAUUGACAUUUUUACCUCCAAUAGCACCACUUUUGGUUGAGAAAGAUCCUAUUAAAUAUGAUGGAAUGGCUCAGUACAUAUCAUUAUUUGAGGAUCCCAAAGAUACUCCGGCAAAAGAAAUAGUUCAAACAAGAGAAGAAAAAAAAGCCGAAAAAAGAAAAAAAAAAGAAGAAUUAUUAGCAUUUAAAUUGGAACAAGAGAUUGCAGCUUAUCAUACAAAAGAUACUUCCAAUUUUACUGAAGAUCCUUUUAAAACAUUAUUUGUUUGUAGAUUGUCUUAUGAGACAACUGAAUCUAAACUUCGUCGAGAGUUUAGUAAAUGGGGUACAAUUGUUAAUAUUAAAAUUGUCUGCACAAAAGAUGACAAACCUCGAGGUUAUGCUUUUAUUGAGUAUUCCAGAAAAAGUGAAAUGUCGCAAGCAUAUAAGGAAGCUGAUGGAAUAAAAAUUGAUGGUGUAAGAGUUUUAGUAGAUUAUGAACGAGGAAGAACAAGAAAAGAUUGGCUUCCUAGAAGAUUAGGUGGUGGAAAAGGUAAGACAAGAAUUGCUGUUGAGAAAAAAGAGGAUGAUUUACUAGAAGAUAAGGCAUUUACUAAAACUUCUAAUUCAUAUAAUGGACGGAGAGAUGAUAAAUAUUCUUCAAGACAUGAUUAUAAUGAUAAAAAUUAUAGUGGACAUCAUCGUCCCACUGACGAUAGACGUUUUCGUGAUGAUAGAAGAGAUUAUGAUGACAGAAGAAAAAAAUAUGAUAGAAAUAAUGAUUUCAGAAGACCUAACAAUAAGUACGAUGACAAUAACAGAAAUUCAUCAAGUAGAAAUUAUAGAGGAUCAAGAGAUGAUUCAUCUUCUAAUAAGAGAGCUGUUGUUGAAGGUGAUAAGAAUGGUCCACCUCCAAAAAGAUUUAGUAAUGAGUAUGGAAACCCAAAAGAUAUUCCAACAUUAAUUGUGUAA